CAAGGUGGACGAUAAUAAAUGGACUGCCCUCCAUAUGGCGUGCCAAAACGGAAAUGUAGAAACGGUAAAAUUCUUCAUUCAUUUACGUUUGCGCAUGUCUAAGACAAUCAUUGGUCAAACUCCACUUCACAUCGCUGCACUGAAUGGCCAUACGAGGGUUGUUCAUCUGUUGAUUGAGAAUAAAGCGAACCCAUACGUGGUGGACGAUAAUAAAUGGACUGCCCUCCAUAUGGCGUGCCAAAACGGAAAUGUAGAAACGGUAAAAUUCUUCAUUCAUUCACGUUUGCGCAUGUCUAAGACAAUCAUUGGUCAAACUCCACUUCACAUCGCUGCACUGAAUGGCCAUCUGAGUGUUGCGGAAUUGUUGAUAGCGUUUAAUGUGGACCCAGACGAGGUGGACGAUAAGAAAUGGAGUGCUCUUCAUUUUGCAAGUUAUAAAGGAAAUAUGAAAAUAGUUCAACUCUUGAUUAAUAGACGUCGGAAACCCACUUCUCAAACAAUCAUUGGUCAAACUCCGCUUCACAUUGCCGCGGGGAAUGGCCAUCCGAGUGUUGUUAAAGAGUUGAUAGAUGAGAAUACGGACCUAGACGAAGUGGACGAUGAGAAAAGGACUGCCCUCCAUCAUGCAUGCCAAAACGGAAAUGUAGAAACGGUAAAAUUCUUGAUUUAUAAAGGUUCGAACACCAAGUCUCAGACAAUCUUUGGUCAAUCUUCACUUAACAUCGCUGCACUGAAUGGCCAUGCAAGUGUUGCGAAACUUUUGAUAGCGAAUAAACCGGACCCAUACGGGGUGGACGAUAUGAAAUGGACUGCCCUCCAUAAGGCAUGCCGAAACGGAAAUGUAGAAACGGUCAAAUCCUUGAUUGAUCAAGGUGGGAACACCAGCUCUCAGACAAUAUUUGGCCAUACUCCACUUCACAUCGCUGCACUGAAUGGCCAUGCAAGUGUUGUUGAACAGUUGAUAGCGAAUAAUGCGGACCCAAAUGAGAUUGACGAAGACAAAUGGACUGCCCUCCAUUACGCAUGCCAAAACGGAAAUGUAGAAACGCUUAAAAUCUUGAUUGAUCAAGGUUCGAACACCAGCUCUCAGACAAUCAUUGGUCAAGCUCCACUUCACAUUGCUGCGGGGAAAGGCCAUGCAAGUGUUGUUGAAGUGUUGAUUGCGAAUAAUGCGGACCCAGACAAGGUGGACGAUAAGAAAUGGACUGCCCUUCAUUACGCAUGCCAAAACGGAAAUGUAGAAAUUGUAAAAUUCUUGAUUGAUAAAGGUUCGAACACCAACUCUCAGACAAUCAUUGGUCGAACUCCACUUCACAUCGCUGCACUGAAUGACCAUACGAGGGUUGUUGAACUUUUGAUAGAGAAUAAUGCGGACCCAGACGAGGUGGACGAUAAGAAAUGGAGUGCUCUUCAUUUUGCAAGUUAUAAAGGAAAUAUGAAAAUAGUUCAACUCUUGAUUAAUAGACGUCGGAAACCCACUUCUCAAACAAUCAUUGGUCAAACUCCGCUUCACAUUGCCGCGGGGAAUGGCCAUCCGAGUGUUGUUAAAGAGUUGAUAGCAAAGAAUACGGACCUAGACGAGGUGGACGAUGAGAAAAGGACUGCCCUCCAUCAUGCAUGCCGAAACGGAAAUGUAGAAACGGUAAAAUUCUUGAUUUAUAAAGGUUCGAACACCAAGUCUCAGACAAUCUUUGGUCAAUCUUCACUUAACAUCGCUGCACUGAAUGGCCAUGCAAGUGUUGCGAAACUUUUGAUAGCGAAUAAACCGGACCCAUACGGGGUGGACGAUAUGAAAUGGACUGCCCUCCAUAAGGCAUGCCGAAACGGAAAUGUAGAAACGGUCAAAUCCUUGAUUGAUCAAGGUGGGAACACCAGCUCUCAGACAAUAUUUGGCCAUACUCCACUUCACAUCGCUGCACUGAAUGGCCAUGCAAGUGUUGUUGAACAGUUGAUAGCGAAUAAUGCGGACCCAAAUGAGAUUGACGAAGACAAAUGGACUGCCCUCCAUUACGCAUGCCAAAACGGAAAUGUAGAAACGCUUAAAAUCUUGAUUGAUCAAGGUUCGAACACCAGCUCUCAGACAAUCAUUGGUCAAACUCCACUUCACAUUGCUGCGGGGAACGGCCAUGCAAGUGUUGUUGAAGUGUUGCUUGCGAAUAAUGCGGACCCAGACAAGGUGGACGAUAAGAAAUGGACUGCCCUUCAUUACGCAUGCCAAAACGGAAAUGUAGAAAUGGUAAAAUUCUUGAUUGAUAAAGGUUCGAACACCAACUCUCAGACAGUCAUUGGUCAAACUCCACUUCACAUUGCUGCGCGGAAUGGCCAUGCAGGUGUUGCGAAAUUGUUGAUAGCGAAUGAUGCGGACCCAGACAAGGUGGACAAUAAGGAAUGGACUGCCCUCCAUCAUGCAUGCCGAAACGGAAAUUUACGAACGGUAGAACUCUUGAUUGUUAAAGGUUCGAACACCAACUCUCAGACAGUCAUUGGUCAAACUCCACUUCACAUUGCUGCGCGGAAUGGCCAUGCAGGUGUUGCGAUAUUGUUGAUAGCGAAUGAUGCGGACCCAGACAAGGUGGACAAUAAGGAAUGGACUGCCCUCCAUCAUGCAUGCCGAAACGGAAAUAUAGAAACGGUAACAAUCUUGAUUGAUCGAGGUUCGAACACCAACUCUCAGACAAUCUCUGGUCGAACUCCACUUUACAUCGCUGAACUGAAUGACCAUAAAAGUGUUGUGGAACUGUUGAAAGCGAAUCUAUGCGGAACCAAAUGAGAUGGACAAAGACAAAUGAAAUGCACUUCAUAUUGCAAGUCCUAAAGGAAAUAUGGAAAUGGUUAAAUGCUCUCCAAAAAUCGGCGGUGUAACUCCACUUCACAUUGCUGCAGGGAAUGGCCAUACGGGUGCUGUGAAACUCUUGAUUAAGGGGUUACAAAAAAUCGACACGUAUUCGUAACUGAUGUUCGUUGACCGAAUUUUGUUCCACGCGCAAAGUGAACUGUAAAACUCGCAAAGCUAUUUUCUCGAAACACAGAGUUGAUUUACGGGUCCCACGAUAUCUCAGAACUGGAUGGACCAAAUUGGCUGAACUUUGUAGUGCAGACUCACAAGAUGUAAAAAUAUUUUUUAUCAUUCUUUAAACCACUUCUCAAAAAUCGGCCUUCGUCAUGCACACGAGACCUGUCUAAAGAGUCUUCACCCCAAAAAUGAGACGAUUUGGUCAAAGCAGUGAUGGAAUAUCGUGGGACCCGAUUUUUUUUUUCAAACCACUUACUUCAAAUAAGAAUAUAUCAGCAAUUCUGUUACCAAAUGACUUCAUAUUUAUUUUGUUUACAGUUGAAAAUGUAUAUUUUGAUGCCCUGAAAGCUUAUACCAACAUAUGAAUAUUUUUUCUUUCCUUGACAUUCGAACGCAAAUUACCGGCAUCAUCGGACAGGGGAAACUUUCCCCAGCCCAAAGAUGGUGUAAUAGCGAAUUCGUUUAUUAUUCAGUUCCAACCAGUGUCUGUUUUUAUCAUUUACCAUCACAUGCAAGGAGUAUCGCUUCAACCCAGUGUCGAUGAAUUGCGUUUGUUUUGAACAUCUUCGUAGUUACGAAACGAGCGAAAUGAACAAAUUAGUUUAUUAUACAGGUUGAGGUUGA